UAUGUAUUAACUGUAGUCUCAGAAAAGAUGACCUCCCAGGUCAGAUUGAGGCUGCUGCCGAGUGCCAGAUGUUUGUUCGACGAGCCCAUUCAGGUGAAGGUGACCGGGCUGAGGUCGAGACAGGUGGUCACCAUGAAGGCCAGAUCGACUGAUGAGAAGGGAGUGGAGUUCAGCUCCUCGGCCACCUACAGGGCUGAUGGGAAUGGGGAGGUCGAUCUGGAGCGAGACCCCUCACUCAGUGGGCCCUACAAUGGAGUUGAACCCAUGUGUCUGCUGUGGUCCAUGAGCCCACACACCUUACACAAAAGGUUUCAAAAAACCAGGUCACUAAACCCUCAUGUGGUGAAGUUCUCUGUUCAUGAAGUAGAGGGGGAGGGCAGGACGCUGGCAGAGGCAACCAAUGAGAGGCUUUUAAUUGGAGACGACGUCACCAGGCUUCCCAUCAAAGAGGGGAACAUUCAUGGAGUCCUGUUUACUCCUCCAGGACAAGGACCAUUCCCUGCUGUCUUGGAUCUGUACCAUUUUGGGAGAGGUUUGUCAGAGAAAAGAGCGUCUCUGCUGGCCAGCAGAGGAUUUGUGGUUCUGACUGUAGCACUGUACGGCCAUGAUGACAUGCCGAAGAACAUCAAGGAGUUCCAUCUGGACUAUUUUGAAGAGGCGAUACAACUUUUAAGAAAACAGGAUAAGGUCGGCAGUAAAGGAGUUGGAAUAAUAUCAAUUUCAAAAAGUGGAGACCUUGCACUUUCAGCAGCCUCUUACCUGCAAGGUGUUGAUGCCACAGUGUGGAUCAAUGGCUGCAGUGCCAACACAGCUUUUCCUCUUUACUAUAAGAAACGCCAGAUCCACCCUCCCUUAAUGUUUGACGUCAACAAGAUUAUUCACACUGAGUCAGGGGCCAGCAUAAUCAAGUAUAGUGGUGAUGAUCCUUUGGCGGAGGAGAAACGAGCCACCUUGAUCCCCAUUGAAAAGGCAGAGGGGCGUUUUCUCUUUAUGGCUGCAGAGGACGACCUUAACUGGGACAGUAAAGCUUACAUGGAAGACAUGGUGGAGAGACUGAAGCAUCAUGGGAAAGAAAACUUUGAAAGUGUGUGUUACCCUGGAGCGGGACAUUACUUAGAGCCACCUUAUGGACCCUACUGCCCUUCUAGCUUCCACGGUUUUGUAGGCAAGCCAGUGAUGUGGGGCGGCGAGCCCAGGUCCCACGCAGCAGCUGAAGUCCACAUGUGGAAGAAGAUCCAGGAGUUCUUCAGAUCUCACCUGAGCUGUAAGGCUACGCGGCCAACAGCCAAGUUAUAGUAUAGGAAAGACAUGGCAACAGAUAAGUCAUGAUAUCUUGGCUAAUAAUAUGU